UUCAUUUAUCCUCACUCCUUAUAAGAGAAUACACGUCUAUUGAAAAAAGAAAGCUAGGUUUCAGCUCACCUGACCGUACAGCUAGCAGCUGCAGUUCUAACCAACAUGCUCAACAGCGGACAUAUAGAAGUUCUGGUUGUGAGCCUGUGUCUGGUAUCUCUGGUAUCUGGCAGAAUGUGGUGUGGAUACAGACCAGAGUGGAAUACAAGUCAUGCUACUAUAUCUUUCCUGGAGAAGUUUGACUCCAGUUCGGGACCUUUAGAUGCCAGAACAGGACUUUUCAGGUCCCCUGUCUCCGGGCUCUAUACCGUAACAGUAACAGCAGUUGUGGGAGGAAUGCUUCCGUCCAAACCUGGAGAUCUUCUCAUGAAUACAUCUCCAGUCUACGGACAGAUAUUCAUCAAACAUAACGGCGUGGUUGGUAUUGAUGGAUCCGGAGAAGACAAGAGGAUCGAAGAGACAAGUUAUCUUCUGGUGAAAGAAGGAGAAGUAGGAGAUAUUACGGUGAGUGUGGACCUGCGUGCUGGUGACACCCUGGAGCUUCAGGCUGGUCACGUGACCAAAUCCAAGUACAGUAGAGAAGCGUACAAUCACAAGACUAGUAGUAUCCCUGGAGGUUUUCUAGAGGACAUCACAUUCUGUGUUAUCUCUCAUUUAUAGAACAUUAUUAUACAGUUUUCAGUAUUCAAUUCACAGAAAAAAAAAUUAUUUAUUAUUAUAUAACUUUUUGUGAAAAUAAAAUUUCUUCAAAAAAUUA